CCCAAAGUGGAGAGAUCCCUGGACCUGUAGCGCCGAACUCCACUAACCUCCUCCUCAUCAUCAUGAGCAGCCCAGACUGUGGCUACGCCAGCGACGAUCAAAUUCAGAGAAGCUGCUCACUACCAAUGAUGAUGGGCCAGUACCAAUGGACCGAACCCAGGACCGUCUUUCAGGAAGGCAAACCGAAGAGAGACGAAGUAUCCGCCAAUUCUAGGAGCAAAGCCGAGGCUCGGAUCCGCCGGCCUAUGAAUGCCUUCAUGGUGUGGGCAAAGGACGAGCGCAAGAGACUGGCACAGCAGAACCCCGACCUGCACAACGCCGAGCUCAGCAAGAUGCUUGGUAAAUCAUGGAAAUCCCUUAACCUGGCAACAAAACGCCCCUUUGUGGAGGAAGCUGAGAGGCUGAGGGUGCAACACAUCCAGGACUAUCCCGAUUACAAAUACAGACCCCGCAGGAAGAAGCAGGUGAAGAGGAUGAAGAGGGAAGAGGAGUGCUUCUUUCCAAGUGCAAACAUCCCUGGACCUGAGGCGAUGGUCAACAAUGUCAUGGUAGGACAGAAAUACAAGAUGCAGUAUUCUGUGCAGAACCUCCAGGAGAACCAACUCCCCACAGCAGGCUACUUCGAGGGCCACAGCCCCAUGGGAUACUUUUACAAAGAUUACGAUGUACCCAAUUACUACACUUCCCAGAACAGCUCUGGCUACUGUAGCCCCCCUACUCAAGAUGAGUACCAAGCACUGUCUUAUGGCUUCGGCAGCAGCUAUAUGCCCUACCAGCAGACUACUACGACCCCAGUGAUGGCUAAACAGAUUUCAGUUACUCAGAACAUUCCCCAGGAAAGUCCUGAACAUGGCAUGAUGGCAUCUCCACAAAUGUAUAAUGGACAAAUGUAUUUGCCUGAGUGUGCCAAAACCCACCCAGUGGCACAAACUGAGCAGCAUUCCCCUUCACAUCAGUCCCAGCAGAUGGUGAGUCAGAAUUAUCUACAGUCCCAACAAGAUGGACACCUAGAGACUGACAUUGACAAGACUGAGUUUGACCAGUACCUUAUGUAUGAGCCCAAGUCUGAUCCAGAGCUCAUCUAUACCAUUGACCAGGACAGUGGGCCUUAUAGUACAAACCUCCUGCCAUCUUUAAUCUCAGAGGCAAACAAUGUCUGCUACUAUGACUAUUGUGGAGUAUAAAGCACCUGCACAGACAAAUAAGCUAAUGGACAUUAAUGUGUACUCUGUGCUAUGGCUUAGAGCUCUAACUAUUUCUUUUAGUCACUCUUGUGGAUGUGAUAUGUAUCAUAUUGUAUAUUAAAUACAUUAUUUUGAAAGUUUGGCAGAAUUUAUUUACAUUUAAUAAAUGUACUAUGAAUUGUAUAA